AUGGGCAUGGCAGUGCUGAAUUAUGAUAACCACACGUGCAUUCUAAACAUCAGGACCUUUUCGGGAGAUACGGGGCUACGCGAUGCAAAUGUUUUUGAGCUGCCUCUUCUUCUUCCUCCUUUUAAUCUUCCUGGAAUCGGCGUUUAUUGUGGCAACGUUGAUCUCUGUUGGAUCUGUUGCGGCUGGGGCUUCUCCAAAUCCUCGCCGCCAUGGGGGAAAAGCAGAAUUUGUUUUUACUUAGAAUGGCAGAUUGGCAGGAAACAUUGUUGUAAAAAGAGCAGUGGUUGUAUUGGAUGCGAUAAUAAGGCAAAAUUGAUUUUAUCCUCUAACAAGUCACUAAGAAGGCAGAAAAUAAAGGGUAGCAAGGCUCCAGUACGUAGCACAUCAGAAGAUUUCUGGACUACUAGCACACGGGACAUGGAUACCAAUGUUAUUCAGUCUCAAGGAAGCAUAUCAUCAAUUAGUACGUCAGCCCAGGCACAUGAUGCCCACAGCAGUGGAAGUACAAACACCCCUUCUGAAUUUGUAAAUCAUGGACUUAUUCAAUGGAACCAAAUUAGACAGCAGUGGGUGGGAAGUAAAAAGCCUGAAAAUCAGUCACAGGAGCUGCGUGAGCCCAGAUUAAGUUGGAAUGCUACAUAUGAUAGUUUGCUUGCUAGCAACAAACCAUUCGCUCAGCCUAUACCCCUUCCUGAAAUGAUAGAUUUUCUUGUGGAUAUUUGGGAGCAGGAUGGAUGGGAUGUAUGAUGACUGAAACUGGUGUAACAUUAGUUAGUUGGACAGAAUUGAUGGAUGUACUUUUAGUUUGGUUUAGGUAAUUUAAAUUAAAAGUGCAUUUUGCCUUCUGACAAAUUCAGACAGACACAUAUUCUGGUACUGGCGGAAUGAUCUUUUAUAGUAUAGACUACUACAAAAACACAAGUUCGUUGGUUCUAUCUGUGUACGUUGCAGCCUGUUUCAAAUGAAUAAGUUAUUUCUUGUUAUA